UGGGCUGUGCAGUGCAAGCAGAGUGCUAAGCAACAACAAGGGAAGUCGUGAGGGGAACUCCACAGGGAGAAACUCUGUAGGCAAUUGUUUGACAUUGCUGACAGUUUAUGUGAUUUAUUUCCCUGUGUCUGCUUAUUUUUCUUGCCGUGAGCUGGAAUUUGUAUGUCUUUGUGUUGUUGCUAUGUGUUCAUUUCUGAGUGUCUAUUGUUCCUAUUUGUGAGUGGGUUGAUGCAUGUGUAUGUGCAUGUGCAAGUGGGAGUGUAAAGGGGGUGUUUGCCCUACUAACUCUGCCCCCUGAGCGAGCCCCUUUCGUCCUCCCCUUGUUGUCAUGCAAAGGCACUCUCCCUUUGGCACCAAGUGGGCUGGCAGCACAAGAGCCAUGUGUUCAGGCUCCACGCUUUGAAGGGCUCAAACAAACUUUUUAGUACUGUUUCAGUGAAGAGAAAGAGAGAGAGAGAGAGAGAGAGAGAGAGAGAGAGAGAGAGAGAGGGAGGGAGAAAAGAGGAGGAGAGUUGGGGUUGAAAGAGAGUUUGAAGGAGAGAGAUGGGGAUCGGAAGGAGUUGCAGACAAAAACAAUCUGUCUACCAUGAGGAGGUUUGAGUUCAGUUUUUGAAGCAUACUUUAUUUUUGACGACUUUUCUGCCAGAGACUCAACAACAGAGGCUUUUAUCCUCGCUGUGUGUUUCCCAUCCCAUAAUUGAAGUCAACCACCAGCUGUUUCCGUCAUGCAGUCCGAUGAGCUCUCAGCCAGAGAGGAGUUCACCUACAGCCACAUGCCCACUCUGGAGAGGGGCGGUGGUGGGUCUCUGGGACGACGGAGCGACAGGGGAACAGAGAGAAGGCCAGACAGGGGGGAGCGGUAUAGGCCCGAGCGGGACAGCUACACGGUGGACGUGAGGGCCAGUGACCUGCAGCUGGCCCAGCCGGAGCCUCUAAAGCACCCCUGCUUCAGCUACAGGGCCUGGCUCUACAGCGUCCUCUUAGGGGGCAGUCUCCUCAUCACAUCUGGUUUCUCUCUGUACCUGGGAAAUGUGUUUCCUGUUGCCAUGGACUACCUGCGCUGUGCUGCCGGAUCUGGUAUCCCUGCAGCGAUCGCCAGUUUUGCCAUUGCCAAGAACAGACAUGUUGCAGUGUCCGAUUUUCAGGUGCUCUACGUGUCAACAUUUGCAGUAACGACCACUUGUCUGGUUUGGUUUGGAUGUAAACUGGUCCUAAACCCUUCUGCUGUCAAUAUCAACUUCAACCUCAUCUUGAUGAUAUUGCUCGAGGUGUUGAUGGCCAGUACUGUCAUCCUGUCAGCCCGCUCUGCAGAAGACUGCUGCUGCCACAGGAAGCAGGUGACAUAUGACAGAUCUGUGGUUCAUCCACCUGCAGUGUUCCCUACUCGAAUGCUUAAAGCAUAUUCUGUGAUUGAAGUUAUUGUGGGAAUUUCUGCUGUAUUCGGAGGAAUUAUUGCACUCAACAUGGACGCUUUGCUACCUGGACCCUACUUGUCUGUCACAUUUUUCUGGAUUCUUGUUGCUUGUUUUCCAAGUGCUAUUGCCAGUCAUGUUGUGUCAGAAUACCCCAACAAAUGUCUGGUGGAGAUGCUGAUUGCCAUCAGCAGCGUUACGUCUCCCCUGCUCUUUUCAGCCUCCGGCUUCCUUUCUUGCAGUGUGAUCAGCUUUAUUGAAAUUUUCCUGAAUGAUGUGCCUACAGCCAAGACUGUUUCAGCAAUCCUACGACAUCCUGCUGCUGAUUCUGAUGGUGCUGCUGCUGGUGCAGGCAAUUCUUACUUCAGCCACUGUGGUGCACUGUGCCUCUUACAAGAGUCAGCUCCGCAUGGGGGCUCCAGAGUGCAAUGACAGCAUGCACACCCCAACCCAUUACUAUGAGCAAGCGGCCAAUGGGACUCUGCAGGAUUUUGACAAAGACAGAGCCUGGAAGGCAGUGGUGGUCCAAAUGGCCACAUAGACGUUUGAUGAGUAGUGUGAGAAGGGGGAAUAGACACCAACUCUUUUAGCACAAGAGUACAAAAAGGACGAAAGAAAAAGCUGUGAAGAUUUAUUCAGUUACGAAGAUGUAAAGAAGAAGAGAGUUGGUGAAAAAAAUCAGAAAGACAGAAAAGUAAAGCUGAUAAUAAUGGUUGCUUGCUUACUGUAGAGGGCAUUAUAUGACCUAGGUAUAGUUUAAGUAUUUCAACAUUGUGGGGUACAAUGAACUAGCAUGUGAGUCAACGUUCAAUGAAUGAUUUGAGCAUUUGUGGAGAUGAAAGGAUAGGUGAGUUUGUAUGAAAUACAUCAAACUAUUUGCAUGCUACAAAGAGAAAUCUAUGCAUCUUUGCUACUUUUUUAAGCUGGUUGCAGCUGACUCAAUUUAUUGUAAACCUGUUGCAAUCGAGUGAUGUUUUAAAACAGCAUUUAUAGAAGUGUUGUGCAUAGAUGAAAUUGAUCCUAACUGUCUUUAUUUGUUGUACAUUAUCUUUCUAAAAAGUAAACACUGAAUUAUCUCAGCAUUUACUUGACUGUUAGUUAUAUAUAUUUUAAGGAGUAGGCCUCUUUGUGUACAGUCAUGUGGUAGUGAUAGCAACAUCUUAUUAUUAUGAUUGAUCUACCUGGAUAUUGCAGAGUAACUCUUGUACAUUUCUACUGAAAUUGUGUUUUACUUAGGAAAAUAAAACAUGUGUUAUCAAUUGUAAGCAAAUGUGUGAAUAAUGUUUCAAGAUUGCUCUCCUUGUUGUGUUAUGAAGCCCUCUCAAUCAAUAUGGAGAUAUAUAAAUAAGUACGUAAGAUUGGUAAGAUCUGAAUAAGUGACUGGAUCCUAGAAUAACCUUCCAGGAAAUAUCAUAAUUUUAGAUGUUCAGACUAAAUUUGAUUAACUGAAAACAACUUUCACAACCCUUCUUAUUGUUUGGAAAUGACAAUGGUGUUCUAAUAAAUAUU